AGGAGGAGGAGGAUCUUCACCACGCUGCACCGGUGCACCACGGGGUGCGCAUUCAAACUGACCAGCGCGUCUCUCACUCAGCAGCAGCAGCAGCAGACUCUCGCACCUCCACUGCAGCUUCAGGAGAACAGGAGAACAGGAGAAGUGGAGAACAGGAACAGUAAGCAGGUGCAGAGAAGCUGCAAAGAAUAAGAGUAUAAGGAGGAGGUGAUGCGACUGUGAGUUCUGUGAGAGUUUGAGUCUGUCACCCAAAUCACCAGCAGUAGCAGCUAAAGCACACACCGUCCCCCUGACUCUUUGCGCCCGUUCACCUCUGCUCUGCUCUGGUUUGCUCUGUGCCAUGGCCUUCACCCUGUCAGAGAUCAUGGCGGCGAGGCGGCAGCAGUCACAGGCUCAGUCACACGGUGCUCAGCGCGGCGGCAGGACGACAGUGGAGGUGGACGAGUACAGCACCAACCCCACUCAGGCCUUCACCUUCUACAACAUCAACCAGGGGCGCUUCCAGCCACCGCACGUCCACAUGGUGGACCCAAUGCCCCAUGAUGCUCCCAAGCCACCAGGCUACACGCGCUUUGUUUGCAUCUCAGACACGCACUCCCGCACAGAUGCGAUCCAGAUGCCGUACGGGGAUGUGUUCAUCCAUGCUGGAGACUUCACCGAGCUAGGACUCCCCUCCGAGGUCAAGAAGUUUAACGACUGGCUAGGUACCCUGCCCUACGACAUCAAGAUCGUAAUUGCCGGAAAUCACGAGUUGACCUUCGACCAAGAGUUCAUGGCUGACCUGAUCAAGCAGGACUUCUACUACUUUCCCUCGGCAUCCAAGCUGAAGCCGGAGAAUUAUGAGAAUGUCCAGUCGCUGCUCACUAACUGCAUCUACCUGCAGGAUUCUGAGGUCACUGUACGGGGCUUCAAGAUCUACGGCUCCCCCUGGCAGCCCUGGUAUUAUGGCUGGGGCUUCAACCUACCACGAGGUCAGGCUCUGUUGGACAAGUGGAACCAGAUCCCUGACAACACAGACAUCCUGGUCACACACUGCCCCCCACUGGGUUUCUUGGACUGGGUCCCGAAGAAGAUGCAACGUGUCGGCUGCAUGGAGUUGCUCAACACAGUGCAGAGGAGAGUCCAGCCCAAAUACCACGUGUUUGGGCACAUUCAUGAAGGUUAUGGCAUGAUGACAGAUGGCACCACGACGUUCAUUAACGCCUCCGCCUGCACCGUCAACUUCCUGCCCAUGAACGCACCCAUUGUCUUUGACCUCCCCAACCCCAGGACCACCACCACCACAUGACUAGAGGAAGCUGAGCCGCAAAGCCUCUCCACCAAUCAGGAGAAAGGAGCCCGGAGGAGCAAGUGAGGUCAGCCGGUGGAACUAAAGACUGUACAUAUUAGGCAGGUGAGUUUUCUUUUAACGUGACACAAAUGGAACACACCACUGCGGUGAUGUCACAUUGUGGAGGAAGCUGGAUGAGGCUCAGAGGCUCGCUCACUCGCGUCAUUAUUAUUAGUUUGUGUGCCGUAACAUUCUUCACCAGUAACUGCAUCUGUGAGAGCAGAUGAAUGAGCGGGAGAGACGCUUACGCUAACCUGCGCACAAACGGGACAUGUCUGUGUUCCCAUUUUACUGCACUGACAAUCUCAUGUGGCUCUCAGAGAGACAAAAGAGAAGCACUGAUGUCCCCACUGGCCGUUAACAUGAAAUGGGCUGGAAACCUUUGGACGAUCAGUGAAAUAAUCCAACGCCUCGUUUGCAGGAGAGCUUCAGUCUCCAGGGGAACUUUUUUCUUCCUACUUACUUAAAACAGUGAACGUUCAUUUCUAAUUUUUUGUGUGUGUGUUUCCCCCACUGUGUGUGUACGUGGGAAGUGGGUGGGUAAAGGCAGUGAAAGGCCAUGAGAGUCUGGGUGUCAGGCAUGUUGACGUCACUCCACUGGGCCUCAUUAUUUUACCAGGGUUGCCAGAUCCCACAGAUGCAGUCUAAGUGUUCACUCUUUCAAAUCUGUACAGAUUGCACUAGUAAUUUUCUAUAAAUAAAACGAAUAGGUGAAAUAAGAAAUGUAUUACUCAAAUCCUGAACAAAUUCUAGAGCAGUAUGCACACACACACAUGCACAGAUACAGCUUGGCACCCUCAAUAUUAACUCUUGACCCUUGUGUUUUAUCACUCGGACCUGGCAACCCUGAAUACAGGCUCCCCCCUUGAAGAAUAUUUUUUUUUCCCCUCAAGUGUUGUUAUAAAAGAUACUGACACAUAAUCAGAGCUGACUACCUGAACUGACUGAAAACAUGGCUGCCAGUCCGAACACAGAACAACUGAUUUUAGCCUAUUAACAAGCAGCUCACCUGAUAUUGAUAUUUAUUUCUGCUUAUAUUUAUAAUACCUUAGGAAAAUAUCUGCAGCCUUAUCUAACUGUUAGACAGCCUAUUUCAACAGGUCAUUGAAGUAUUUCAUUUAAAUGUGCCUCUAUGACACAAUCCUACCCAACAUGUCAGCUUCCUUGUGUCCACACUGGCCUCCUGGGGUCACAUCCACACAUCCUAUACAACCUCACUUCAAGAAAUCUGAACUUUCACUUUAACCAUUUGAGGAGAGGACUCAUACUUCUGUUCUGUCCACUCCUUUUCAGCCAUUUCUCUUCCCUUUUUGUUUUUGUCCCUUCCACCUCCUCCUUCAUGCAUUGAAUGACUCAGCUUCUUAGUAACGACUGCAAGGUCAGGCCUUUUGAACUUGAGAAGAAGAGCAGGUGACAUGCGAUGUAAAGGUGCUUGAUGCUCAGCAGCUGUGGUCACUUCUUGGACUUACCUGUGUUUCUCAUGGGAGAGAUGGAACUUUUUGUCCUUUUUCCAGAGGAGCAAAUCUGUAACUAAUCGUACUGUAACUGGUCUUUGUAAAUGUUCUCUGUCAAUAUGACAAAAAAAAAAAAAAUCUUUUUCUGGAUGAUUUCCAACUUGUUGCUAUGCUUUAAAAGAAAUGUAACAAUGUGUUUGUGUCUAGAGAUGUAUGGUUUGUUACGUUUCAUUUAUUAUGUUGUAAAUGCUUAUUAUGGUAUUCUCUUUUCUGUGCCCAGCAGUUUGUCUGUUUAAAAAGAUUUGUUUGUUUGUCUGUUUGUUUGUUUUUUACUGUGUUCUCCAUUUUUUUGUGAUUUUAGAAAAAAAUAAGUAAAAAUGCAUAGGGAGCCAGAGUGUGGGACACUUUUUUCUGGUUUGUGUGGUCCACCAAACUGCAACCAAAACACACUGAUGUUUUUUUUUUAUAUAUAUAUAUAUACAUUUUGCAUAGUUUAUUUAAAGGCACAAUAUGUAAAAUUUCCUUUUUGCAAAAACGACAGAAAAAAAUUUGCUCAUUUUUUAUGCGACAAGAUCCUGGUCAGCGCUAUAUAGAUGCCGCCACAUAGGUUUUCCCACACACAUAGAAGGGAAGGGUGAGGUGAGGGAUGCUGCUAAACUGUAACUUUAUGCUGGAGGAUGGAGUGUGUGGGGCACACUGGGAGGCAGAACUACUUGAUAGGUUGAGGACCCUUUAAAAUAAAACCUGUCAAUUGUUGCAUUUUCAAAUGUACUAUUCACUAUCACAUUCAUGAACCCCAGUGUUUUUGCUCCAACGCAACAGUGCUAGCCACUAAUCUAACAUGGCCCGAUUUCUACUGUUCUCCUGCAUUAUUCACCCAAACAUAACAACAACAAACAAAGUCGACGCUCCACACAUUGGUGCCCUUAGUCAAUCACCUGUCGCGUUUGAAGCCUGUCAUGUGACCUGUUAGACAGCUAAUGCAAUUAACACUCAGACAGACGUUCCUUGCAUUUACAUUAUAGUUAUUUUGGUUCAGAAACAUUAGCUCACCCAUAUCUGUGGUUUGCAGAAACGUAUGAUGGCAACACACACAGCCAGGACCAAAAUAAAUCACAUAUUCUUAAUUCAAUUUCUGGUGGGCAGCUUUUGGCCAAGCGGAAGGGAUUUGGGCUUGUAUCUGGGCGGUCUGCCGUUUCAAAUCCCUACCAGGUCGAGGGCUGGGGGUACCCCUGAGCAAGGUACCCAAUCCCCAUUGCUCAUUGAGUCAGAUUAUCACAGAGUCCAGAUUCUUAACUCCAUUGAGAAUAUUUGGGGUGUGCUGGACACAGCAGUCCAUCAUCAAUACAACAUAUUGGCACAGAAUGCCACUGUGAUUUGAGAUGCCUGUGAUAUUGCAUAAGGUGGUCCAACAAAAUAUGUGUGUGAGUGUGUGACUUUGUUUUUGGCUGGGCGGUGUAUGAUCCUGGAAACUGAACCCACCUCUGCCAAGCACCUACAUUUGUGAUUUGUGAAAGUUGGUGUUAUUUUUCUCGGGUGUUUCCAUCCAGGAUUUCUCUUGCACUUAUUCAAAAUUACCAUGAAUAUAGUUGGAUGGAAACAUAGUUUCACACUUGUCUGUGCUUUACAGAAUGGCAGCAUAUGAUCGUGGAGACUGGGUUGGUGAUCAUCCUUUUUUGAGUUGAAGGGUUCAAAGUAAUGGUUUCACUGUAGCCAACACACAUCAAGUCUGUGUGAGUAUUUCAUGUAAACUGUUCAGUCAUAUAAUUUAAAACUCACAUUUAAUUAGUGUCUGUGAAGGAAAACAGAAAUAAAGAAAAAAUUGAAAGCACAAAAGAUUGGAGAAAGAAUUUCCUCUGACACUUCUCAUUUAAUUAUCUCUCACUUUGAUGCUCUUCUGCUUCAGUGUAGCUGUCUUCUGUGUUUCCCUUUUUUUUUCUGAGACAAAAAAAAGAUUGUUGUACAAUUUCUUGAUUUAUUUUGUCAGGCAUGCUUGAAAGUGUUAAAAACUUCUGCUACUCAGACAAUCUUCAUAUGAAGAGUUUCAUUCCACAAUGAAAUACACGCCAUUUGAAAGAAAAAUGAUUGACAGCAGUUUUACUUUUUGAAGGACUUUUAUAAUUUAACAACACCAAAUGAAGUUGUAUAUCUUGAAAUAUCCUUUUCUUUUCUUUUUGUAUUGGAAGUAUAGCAUUUUGGAAUGAAAGUGUUCAUAUUUCGCCAUCACUGUUGGGGACUUUUCUGCUUUUUGAAACUGUAAAAUAAGGAAAAUGAAAACCCAGAUGUAAAGUACCUUUUCUUUCUUAAAACCAUAAAGAUUCUGCUGGUUCUUAAGGAGAUUAUUCACUGAUUGAAUAAAACCUUAUCUGUGA